AUGUGUUUGCUUUUGAGAAAAUCAGAACUCUUCAGAUUAGUACUUGGAAUAAUUACCAUGUUUAUUUUAUGUUUACCUGAAUUUUUCAAAAUCCAUGAAGCUAACACUGUAAUUGUGUCAUGCAUGGAUACCUGUUCAUCAAACACCACCACUUUUCCACUUUGUACUUUUAACAAUUCUUGCAAAAGAUCAGUGCAACAAAGAAGAGAAAACCAGACUGUUUUGCUGAAGGCCAUUGUAAAUCAUGCCAGUUUCCAAAAUAUUCCAUGUAUUUGCCAGUCCUCCAGGAAGGAACAACAGUCCCAUACUAAACACACAGAGUGUGAAUCCAAGAGAGAUGUGAAUGUUGACCACCAGGGAUCAGGGUCAGUAGCUAAAAAAACAAAAGGCUCACUUGAAGUGAAAACAGAAGAUGUUAUUUAUUUUUAUAAAUAUUUUAAUUUCACUACGGUUUCUGAGAAAGAAGAAGUAGAGCAUAAUACUUACUACCUGCUGGAAAUCCACAUCAACAAUUCUAUAGUCAGAGGAAGAAAUGCAGCUGAAGAAUACCUAAAUCAUUCCUGUCUAGUGGCAAUGAUGGAAGACCAAAAUGACUGUAUAAAUAUUUCACUGCAACUGAAGUCUUACGUGGAAUAUCCAAUGUGUAUGACGAAGAUCAUUUGGCUCACUAUGAUUCCAGUAGUUUUUGUGUUUACUAUUUCAAUCGUCAUCUACAAAAUAGUCCAAGAAAAUGAACAAAACUCAGAUUGUAAACACAGAGUAGCAACAUCAGUUUCUACUAUUCUAAGAAGAAAGGGUUGCAGACAUGCAAGAAGAACCGUAUCUGCUGCUAAAAUUCAUCCUUUUCCUGUCGUGAAAACCAGCAAACAACAGAUUCCACUUGCUGCACAGACCACAAAGAUACUGCCCAUUAUUCCUGAACAAGAGCAUUGUCAUGUGGGUGCAUCAGCUGUAGAAGAAUCCCUCUCUCGUCUGUCUUCGAGCAAGACACCCACACAAACAACAGAAGAUACAGAUUAUGCAGGGAAAACAGUGAAACAAAACAUUCUAGCAAAGGCACAUACCAAGCGUACUCAGGAGCGAGAGAAAGAUUACAGUUAA